AUGAGCAAUGAAGAGCUCCCGGACACCGUUUCUGCCUUCUCCGAGGCGUUUCUGCUUCUCGCCACGGUCGCACAACUUGCUCAGUUUUUCGAUGCCGUAGAGAGUCCACCUUGGUUGCUCCACGUCGGGAACUGGGUCUUACUAGGCGCCGCCGAGGUGCUCGCAUUCAUCGUCCUCGAAGUCGACUCCGGGGGUCGCUGUGCCAUUCGAUUCCCAUGCGGAUUGGGUCUACUCCUCAUCGCGGCAAAGACCUUCGUGUGGCUGGCUGCUGGCGCCGUCUUCCUUCUCCAGUGGCUCCGGGACGGCUACGAGAAGUUGCCCACCGUCGAACGAGCCACCGAGCAACCUACCGAUCCGUCUGACCAAACCAACGACGAGGAAAAGGACCCCAAAGAUGUGUUGGGUAUUCGUCGACCGGCGACAGAAGAGAUUGAGGAAAUAGGAUGGAUUGCGUUUGUCAAGAGGCACCACAUAUUCCUACCCUUCGUCUGGCCCAGCGACCAGCCCUGGAUGAUAUUCCGUUUCGUCGCCUGCUUCGUGAUUGUCAUCGGUGAAAGCAUCCUCCAAUACUAUAUGCCGGUCCUAUUUUCCAACUUCAUGGACAGCCUGGAUGGCGGCUCUAGUGUCUGGACCAAAUUCUGGCUGCUGCGUCUGCUGUCCUGGCUCGUCUCAGCCGCUGGCCUGGCCCUUCCGCGCGAGAUCAUGAGUAUAGAUGUCCGCCAGUAUCGCUUCCUGAAGCUCAGCAACAAAGCCCACGAGAAAAUCAUGAGUCUCGACUCCUUCUUUCACUCGGUCGUCUCGUCGGGCGACAAGAUCCAGGCCGUCGACUCCUCCCGGCCCAUGACCCUCAUCAUCGACGCCCUCUGUUUCGAAAUGCUCCCGCUGACCGUCAAGUUCUGCUUCGCCACCAUCACGUUGCACCUUGACUACGGACCGCGGAUGACGCUCGUCAUGGUGUGCAUGACAAUAGUCCUGGCCCUAAUGGAAAUCAAGUGUUUCCCGCGCCUCACAAAGAAAUUCGACGCAAGUCACGUCACAUCCUUCAAGGCGAACCAGCGGCGCCACGACGAUAUCAAAGGACAUGGCACGGUGGCAAACCAUAAUCAAAUCGAACCGGAGACUACAGCGUUUGGGAUAGAGCAAGAAGAAUAUGUCGGCCAGUACAACAGGUAUGCGAGAUCGUUCUACUACCUCCAGGGCGCCAAUGGCUUGGUAAUCGAGGUCUUCGAGAUCAUCGCCCAAGGGCUGGUCACGUACCAAAUCAGGCAGGGACGAGCCAAGGUGGCCAGCAUGAAUGCCUUUGUCGGCUUGUGGCCCUUUGUCUACGAGCCCUCCCUGUUCUUCGCCCGGGAGAUUGAGUCAAAGAUGGAGGCGCUUAUCGACACCACCCGCCUGCGGAGAAUGUGGGAGAUAUCGUCGACUGUCGAAGGAGGAACCGAGGAGCUGAAAUGCCCCGAUGGCGAGGUGGAGUUCAAGGACUUGGGGUUCUCCUAUCCAGGGUCCGAUCUCAAGGUUUUUGACGGACUCAAUCUCAAAAUUCCCGCUGGCAAAAGAGUCGGCAUUGUUGGUGCAAGCGGCAGCGGAAAGACCAGUCUCGUAAGACUGCUCAUGCGCAAGUACAGGCCCGAAUUGGGGUCCGUUCUCAUCGACGGCCAGAACAUCAACGACGUGACGCGUGAUUCUAUCCACAGGAAGGUGGCAGUAAUGGACCAGAGCCCGUUCCUGUUCAACCGUACAAUCAAGGAGAACGUCAAGUUCGCCCGACCAGACGCCACCGACGAAGAAGUGAUAGAAGCCUGCAAGCGAGCCAGGAUCCACGAAAUCAUCGUGAAGCGCAAGGACGGAUACGACACCUUGAUGGGAGAAGAAGGAUCGCACUUUUCUGGAGGCCAGGGCCAGCGCGUCUGCAUGGCUCGUAUUUUCCUCGCAAAUCCUAGCAUUGUGCUCGUCGACGAGGCCACCAGUGCCCUCGAUUUGCACAUUGAGGCUGAAAUCCAGGCAAACUUCAAAGAGAACUUUCCGAGGCAAACAAUGAUCUUCAUAACUCAUCGAGUCGCAACUGUACGAUUUCUUGAUCUCAUUAUCGUUCUCGGCCCGGGCGGCGUCAAAGUCGAGCAGGGAACCCAUGAUGAGCUUCUGGAGAGAAAGGGCAAGUACUGGGAAUUGUGCAACCUGAAUAUGGGCUUGCCAGCCAGACACGACCCCCACGACUCUGGGAAAGGCUCAGCGGGCACAGAAUCACCCGUACUGAUGGAGCCCCUAGAGACGGAAACGACGAUUUAA